CAGCCGUUUGACUCCACUGUAUUUCCUGUGAACUAAUCUUAAACGUGUAUGUCCCUGUUUGUAUGUGUUUGUGUUUUUUUGUGUGGGUGUGUCUCCACAGAUCCAAGUGAGCAGAAAUAUCAGGGCGUACAGGGAGAUGAGCCGGGCAACACUGUCCCAAAGAAGAAGGACAGCAGGACCACCGUCCCCAACAAGAAACCAACAUUCUCCGAGGUUAUAAACCGUUGGGCGCAGCGACCACAACCCAGGGAGAUCAUCGUGAGCCUGUCUGUGGAUCAAGUUGUUAAGCCGAAGACAUCAGAGAAUGCCCUGACACCAGGCAGGAAUAGGGAAAUCCAAGCGGAACCAAAGUCAAAAGGAACACAGGACCUGUUCAAGAAGGUCCGCAGUAUCCUGGACAAGCGGACGCCUUAUAAGUUCAACCAGCUGAUGAAGCUGGUGACGGACGUGACCAUCGACACGGAGGAGCGGCUCAAAGGAGUCGUGGACCUCGUGUUUGAGAAAGCCAUCGACGAGCCCGUCUUAUCGGUGGCCUACGGGAACAUGUGUAGCUGCCUCGCCGAGCUCAAAGUGCCCAUCUCUGAUGAACCCAAUAGCACAGUGAGCUUUAUCAAGCUGCUGCUAAGUCGUUGUCAGCAGGAGUUUCAGAAAGACAACGAGGAUGAUGAUGUGGUAAUAAGGACGAAGCAGAAGAAGCUGGACUCUGCUGCACGGAAGGAUCGUCACCGACUCCUGUUAGAGCUACAGGAGUUCAAGGAUAUUAUCCGGCGGCGUUCCAUUGGCUUCGUCAAGUUCAUCGGCGAACUGUUCAAGCUCAAGAAGCUUAAGGCGCCUGUCAUGCAUGACUGCGUGGUCAAGCUGCUGCAGAACCAAGACAACGUGUCUUUAGAGUGUCUGUGCAGCCUGCUCACCACCAUCGGAAAGGAAUUCGACUUAAAGGAGGCCAAGCCUCAAAUGGACGAGAAGAUCCAGCUUGGCCUCCAGGCUCAAGUCACAUUGGUGAAGGCUAGCAGUGAAGGAGCCAUGGCCAGUGACUCAGCACAGGCAGAAAGCGAAGAAAGCGCGGAAGGCGUGGCCCUUAAGUCCGUCACAGCCUUCUUCACCUGGCUGCGAGAGGCAGAGCAGGAGUCUGAAGAUAAUUGA